GAGGCUGGUGGUCAAAAUCCCUCCAGAACUCAGAGCUUUUAAGAUGCAGAGUACGCUUUGCUCUCCCAUGUUUCCAGGAUUGUAGUCCCUUGUCCUCAAGACUCGUCUGCUCUGGAGCCGGCUGCCACCUUCCCAGUUGCCUGGGGUCCUUGCUGUCUCUCCCCUCUCCCCUCCCCACCGGCAAAGUGGUGCUCCCGCCUCUCCGCCUGCACAGCCCCUGGCGCGCCCCGCAGGGUUAUCAGGCUCCGCACACGCACCACUGGCUUCCUCUGGCUCCCAGCGCAAGUGACCCCGGCAGACCAACCGCUGCCCGGGAGCCUCCUCCGAGUCCCGGUCUCCUGCUCCCUGACCACCGCGCAGCUGCCCUUCGGACCCCCUGCAGCGCCCACCGCGCGUCAGGCUUCAUCCCGGGUUGGACCUGCUGUUCUGCUCAUCCCCACACUCAGCCUCUCCAUCAGCCCCGAGAAGUGGAAUCUGCACAGAAACUCUCGGUGGCUGGAGCCCGCGGACUGGGCAUGCUCAGAAGCCAGGGCUGGCUUUGGUCUCAAGUAGGAAGCUUUUGCACUCGGGAGGCAGCGGCGACUUUGGGGAAAGUUGAUCGGAGAGGGGAGGAAGCCCCGAGACGCGGAGCAGCGCGGGGAAGGAGCCCCCGGCAGCCGGGAGGAGCAUGGGCACCCUGCGGGAUCUCCAGUACGCGCUCCAGGAGAAGAUCGAGGAGCUCAGGCAGCGGGAUGCUCUCAUCGACGAGCUGGAGCUGGAGUUGGAUCAGAAGGACGAACUGAUCCAGAAGCUGCAGAACGAGCUGGACAAGUACCGCUCGGUGAUCCGGCCGGCCACCCAGCAGGCGCAGAAGCAGAGCGCCAGCACCUUGCAGGGCGAGCCGCGCACCAAGCGACAGGCGAUCUCCGCCGAGCCCACCGCUUUCGACAUCCAGGAUCUCAGCCAUGUGACCCUGCCCUUCUACCCCAAGAGCCCACAGUCCAAGGAUCUCAUAAAGGAAGCCAUCCUUGACAAUGACUUCAUGAAGAACUUGGAGCUGUCGCAGAUCCAGGAGAUUGUGGAUUGUAUGUACCCAGUGGAGUAUGGCAAAGACAGUUGCAUCAUCAAAGAAGGAGACGUGGGGUCACUGGUGUAUGUCAUGGAAGCUUUGGAAGGAUGCAGUCUGAAUCUGAUCUUUAUACUUAGCCCCUUCUAUAAACUCCUUUCUGAUGAAAACAAAAAUAUUCUUGUACUAAAGCUUUGUAAGUAG